AUGGAGGGAAUGGAGCGAAUAAAUCAAAUUUGUGAUGACUUUUCCGUCCGGUUACAGAAACUCCGCGUACGAAAUCACGAAGAGCAGCCAUUUUAUCCCAAUGGGACUGCCAAGGAAGUUUUUCGGAUGGACGAGGAGCAACUCCAUGAGCUAUUUCAACUGCUAUCCCCCCGUGGCAUGUCAAAAGAUGACACCAUAUCAGCUAUAGUGCGUCACAUUGUACGGAAUUUGAGUACCGUAUUUGCAGUCGUCGUUCGAAUCAGACGCUCGGGCGAUGUUAAAUUGUUGAGGGAAUUCACCAACUUACUCGUUCACAAUGAUGCUCCCCUCCAACCUCCCCUCUUAACAGACGAUGAACUCCCGAUCACCCUUGACAAGGCCCAGUUAGUCUUCCCUACGCUCGCGAACGAGUUUUUCGACACCCAGUUUCAGUUUUGUGCUAUAACCCUGCGGAGGGAAGAAGAUGUAACGUAUCAGGAUUAUCGAUCUCAAUGUCCGCUACCCUACAAAAGGCAACAAAGAAUAGGAGGUGGUGCUUUUGGUGAGGUUUAUAAAGUCAAGAUCGAACGGCACCAUGUGAGAUCUACUGGGGAUCGUAGUGGGAACCUGGAACCAGAAUGGCUGGCCCGGAAAGAUUUCAAAAGACAACAGUCGUUCACCAUUGAGCUUGACGUAUAUAAAGCGAUCAUGGAACAGCCAAAAAAGCACGAUCAUCUGGUGAUGGUCGUCGCCAUUCUGCAAUACCGCGAUACUAGCAGCCUGUUUUUCCCCUUGGCUACUGGCGAUCUUGAUCAAUAUCUCAAUGGAAAACUCGACGGAGAUGAACGCGGCCUGGAUACUUUGGAGAAAAAAGGCAUGCUUUUCAAAAGAGGCGUUGCGUUGGCUGGGGCGCUUGCUUUUCUUCACGACGGGUUCGACGGGGUGGCUUGCCUUCAUCUUGACUUGAAACCUAGUAAUGUGCUGGUCUAUGAUGCAUAUGGACCUGACGAAACUUGGAAGAUAACAGACUUUGGCCUCACACGUGUGCGAAAUCGUGAGUUUUCCAGCGCUGCCCCAGGCUUUGAAGGGAUUUACCUGCCCCCAGAGUGCGGGACACUUGGUGGCAGGGUAACAGCUCAAAGCGAUGUUUGGUCGCUGGGUUGCAUUUUCGCGUUGGUCAUAACUUAUAUGGUUUACGGGCCAAGCGGGGUGAAGAAAUUCACAGAAAAGCGUGGUGAGCGGCCAGAGGGCGAUUUAUUUUAUAUCACCACUAGGAACUCGACCCCUCGGAUCUCUCCCGCUGUAACCUCCUGGUUUGACCACCUGAAGCAGAGCAAUCCUCGGGAUGAAACGGUGUCCCGCGUGAUUCGAGAGUCGCUUGACUACCUCCAGAGCAAGGUUUUACACCCUAUUUGUCGCCAACGAGCCACUGCAAGGGACGUGGAACUUGGACUGAGAGCAAUCCAUCAGUACUUUGAAGAGCGAGGGCCCCCAUCCUCACCACAACCCUCGCAAAGCCAGCCGGAGCAUGUUUCCGUUUUGGAUCGGUUAAUCGCAAGGUUCAAGCAUCGAACAUCAGAGUCGUCUGUUUCCCGACUGCGGAGAUUUGGGUAUAACCUCGACCCUAAUGGAUUUGGAUUUCGGUUCUCUCCGGUGGAUGGCGAUUACUUAGCCUUUUUUUCUUCCCAGAAUACCUUAUUCUGGACCGUGUCAGAGAUCAUGUCUGCUCUGCGCGAUGGGACACAGAUUCCGCCCCCUCAGGCUCUUCGAAUCCCGGAUGGGGCAAUCAAAUCAUUUGCAGUGAGCUCCAACACAAUCUGCAACUGCCUUGAUGGGGACUCAUUCCAGUGCCACGUAUAUAAUGUUGUGGGGACAUCGUCUUCUGUCCGCGUUGAUGACGGUGUCAGGGUUGUCUACGACCACAUGGGAUAUAUCAAAAGAGUUACUAUGUCCUCUGAUGGAUCUCUCGCUGCGUUCGUCAUUACGGAUAGACCGAAAGGCUCUGAGAUGGAUUGUAGGAUAUAUCUUGCCUAUACCGAGCAUCUCAUGGGGACGGCGAAUGAGGCCUACUAUUUACCGCGCUCUAGCCGUUCAAAUUCCGUUUCGGAAAGCUCGCUGAUGUCGGUGACUACGGCAGCCAACCUUAUUGUCGAGAAAAUAGUGGUCGGAUCGGCAGCGCAAAUACGCUUCCUGGAUUUUACGCCAAAUGGAAAGUUUCUUGUUGUCGUAAUCCAAGAUGGCUCGCGUGGCUUUUCGAUACGGCUAUGGGAUACCUAUAGUGGAAAAUGCCUAAGGGACUUCUCGGUGGCAAUCGAGUCAUCCGAGACCUUUCGUGCCCUCUUCACAACAUGCUGCCUAUUUAUGUCUAAGGCGGGCGACCCUUGCUUGGUCGUAGUCUCGGAUCACCGGCGCAUUCUCCACGUCAAUCUUUCUACGCGGUCAACUAACGACCGAAAACUAAACAUCGGGAUUGAUAGUGUGUUCGUUUGCGAUGAUGGGUACACUCUUGUUCUUAUUGGCAAGAAUAAUGGAUUGCGAGCCUACCUAUUGCCUCUCCACUCGCUGGAAAAAUCCGAUUUUUUCGGAAGCGCAAAGAUAAACCGGUUAUCAUAUGUGCCCGCGCUAGAUGAUGCCACAGUGCAGCGUGAUCCGAACAAACAGCUGAAGCUGCUGAUUGCCUCCUCUUCUGGAUCUUUUCUUGAAAUGGGUAUCGAUCAUUGA